CACGCGCGUGGAAGGGAGACACUGCGUCCUGCGGCUCACCGUAAUUUCUCAAUAUCUCUUAAUCCUGAAAACCUGUCAGACGUUCAUCCAAUUGCCCUUCAUUUCAACACUUGAAAAUGGCAUCGUCGAGCAGGACAUGGGUCAACGGGAUUUGCCUGGAAGAACUUCCCAAGGGACACGAUGAUUUCAAAUACGUCGAGGACAAAAUGCAUUCCACAAUUGGACACUCUGAAGUAACUGGCUACAACAUUCUGAAGGUGUAUCGAAUCAACAACAAAUACACGUGGCCGCAGUACGUGAGGCGCAGGCAAGAGAUUUCCCAACAGUUGGGCGGGCAGGAAGUCGAGGAACAGCAUCUCUUCCACGGCUCACCAAAUGCACAUGUCAUUGCCGCGGAGGGCUUCGACACCGGAUUCGCCAAGACCUCAGGCAUGUUUGGAAAAGGCGUGUAUUUCGCUGAGCAUUCUUCCAAGAGCAACAACUACGCGUUUGGCGACCACCAGGCAUGUUCGCCGCACUGCAACGUAAACUGCAGCGUGUGCGUGCGCAAGAUGCUCAUCUGCACGGUUGCCCUGGGCCGCAAAUUCGAGACUUCCGAGGCGACCGUGUCCGGACUGCCUUCAGGAUACCACUCGGUGAAAGCCAAUGCGGGAUCCGCCCUUCUGUACCCUGAGUACGUCAUUUACAACGACGAUCAGGUGUACCCCAGCUACCUGAUUGAGUACACGACUAAUUACGUGCGUGGAUAUGAAAUGCGCGCACCAGAGGGGGCAGCUGGCGACUAUAAAGCAUGAUGUAUGUCAGGAUUGAAAAGUGCACAAUUAAAUGUCGAGAUAACGCCUUAUUCUUUAUGGUUUAAUCUUUGUGCACGUUUUUUCACUUGAUUGCUUAGCAAAAUAAAAUCUAAACGGCAAAUUGAGACAAA